UACAGGUUUUACAGAAGCCUGCAUAGUUGGAACACUUCUCCCCUGCUCUAAGUGGAGGGACAAUGUGAGAAAUCACAACAAAAAAAAUGAGAAAUACCACCAACUAAUAUUUCUGAAAGCUUUCAUGGGAACGCCAACUUUUCCACUUGAGUAUUUCUUCUCUUCAAGCCUUCCUCUAUUUCAGAGUUCAAAGAAGGAUCAUUGGAGGAAGGGAAGUUAAGCCCCACUCCAGGCCCUACAUGGCUUACUUACAAAUUGAAAGUGGCUCAGAUACUUACAGAUGUGGAGGGUUCCUGAUUCAACCAGAUGCAGUGCUCUCAGCAGCUCACUGUGUGCAUGGAAAAGGAAAGGUGAAUAUCACUCUGACUCUGGGAGCCCACAACAUAAAAAAGAAAGAACUGAGCCAGCAGAAGUUCCAUGUUGGAUGUUGGGUCAUCCAUCCCAGAUACUUAAAUUAUAGAUCUGGAAAUGACAUCAUGCUGCUGAAGCUGAAGAGAAAGGCCAAGAUGACUAAGUAUGUGAAACCCAUCUCCUUGCCCAGUCAUAAUGAAACUGUUGCACCAGGAACUAAAUGUAGUGUGUCUGGCUGGGGCCAGACAUCAGUGACAGGGCAUAGGACUGAUGUGAUGCUAGAGGUGGACCUGGAGCUGCAGCGUGAGGAAGUGUGUGAGGAGUCUUUCAAAGGCUACUGGUGCCAGUCUAUGAUCUGUGCCGGUGAUAUGCGUGGCAGAAAAUCAACUUACAAUGGUGAUUCUGGAGGCCCAUUAGUCUGCAAUCGGAAGGCUCAUGGCAUUGUUUCUUAUGGAUAUCAAAAUAAACCCUUCCCUAAGGUAUUUACCAGAGUCUCCUAUUUUGAGCCCUGGAUCAAUGAACAGCUGAGGAAGUUUGCAAUCCAAGAGAAUUCCAAAUGCAGCUAAAACAGAGUCAGAGAUGCCUUGCCAGGCAAUGGUUUCUGCACUAAGGGAAGUCUCCCUGGCAAGGUAAGAAAGCAGGUCCCAAGCACAUCCAGUUUCCCAUUGUUCCCUUCCUCCCACUACUGCCCAACAGUGCCACCUCCUGCUCUGCUUUCUGUCCAUCAAUAA